GUGACCCUCUACUUGAUGAUGUGGAUAUAUUUCAUAAAUUAUUUUCAUGGAAAUGGCAUAAAGAGAAAACUAGAUCCAAGUUGAGAAGGACAAAGAAGAAAAAAGUCAAGAAAAAAGGGUACUUUUUAAAGGGUGUUUGAUUUACCAUUUGCCAGAUAUUAUGUCUGUACAUUCAGAUAUAUCACCUGUUUGUAACCUUAGCUUCCUUACUUUAGAACUCUAUGUGGAGGCCAAGUGGGGUCAGUCAAGGUCAGUCUGGGUCAGUCAAGGUCAUUGUGGGUCAGGGUCACCAGUGGCAAUAAGGAAAACAUUUUGUUUUAAGGAAAUGAUGAUUUUUAUGUGUUGUAGUUUGGGGCAGGGUAGCCAACAUAAAAACUUUCACAGCAUAAAAAAAAAUAUGUUUACAUCUUAUGUUUAUGUUGUUAACAAAAAAAAAAUAGUUGUCAAGAAAACAAAGAAAAUCAGAAUGCAUAAUCUGAUAAAAUUGGGUUUUCUCUGAAAUGGCCUUGGGCCUUCCAAAAGAUGCAAAUUUUUUCCUACAAUUUGCUGCCUCAGUUGUAAAUGAUGAAUAGGCCCGUUUCCAAUUUCCUAGCAGCUAGGGUUUGUCACUGUACAAAUAUUUUUUAACUGUAGGAGGAUAUUUCUUAGCUUACCUGCCAUUCUAUAAAUAGUCUCGUAAAGAAAAGUGGAAAGUUUGAGUCACCUUGGGUAAUUUGUGGUAGAUGUGAGAGUUAAACUUGAAAUAGGAUAUGAAAGAGGAUUUUUGUGAUGCAUGACUGAAUUAUGUUGAGGAAAGUUGUAAUGAUAUAUGAAGAUGAUGUUUUUUUGAAGUGUAUACCUUUUAUUUAAGAAGAUAGAAAGGGUAGAUUUUCAGCUACAGGAGAUAGAAGGAUGAAAUCCGCCAGGCGCGACGCAUGAGAGAAAUCAACGCAAAGGUCAAAGGUGAUCCCACACGACUAUGGAACCUGCGAAUGAAGUUUUUAGAACAAGCCAAAAAGUAUUUUGGCAUUCCUUAUGCAAAGAAAUACUGGUCGCCAAAAGACCCAGAGUACUUCUCCAGUCAGUUUCUGGAUUGCUGUGGCUUGGUGCGCCAAGUGCUCAGAGACAUGGAGGCGGAGCUGGGGUUCCGGGUCGGCCAGUGGAACCAGGCUUACCAGUUUGACACGCUGCCCAUCACAGUGGAGAAGGAGGAAGACAUGAAGCCUGGAGAUCUGGUGUUCAUCGCGGCCACGUAUUACAACCCUAAAUCCAAAAAACAGCGCCAUGACAUGGUGCACGUGGAGAUAUGGCUGGGAGACGGCCCAAAGACGAUAGGAGCACGCUGGCAGAGGGGAAAGGUCCAAGUGUUCGACAGUUACCAGUUUGAAGCCAAAAGUUACCACAGUCCUACAUAUAUAUUCAAGUCUAUUGACACGUGGCUGAUGGGAAUAUGCCAAAGCUACUGCCCAGAGCACCCGUGGAGGACAUCCCGUUAUGAUCCAAGCAAGCGGUCUGUGUUCUCGUAUUCAGACGACCAGGAUGCUGAGGUGGAGGAAGAAGAAGAAGACGCAGAGGAAAGUGCUGGCGAUACAGAUGACGAAAUGGUGCGCAGCUUUGGAGACGAAAGGGACUUCAAAAAAUACCUUUUCACAGCUGCAGAGGAGGUGAAGGCCAUGAAAAUGUCAAAGGUCAAUGUCAAGGCCACAGCUCAAGCAAUCUCAGAACUCAGUAUUAACAGUGUCCAGGAAGCAGAUUCCGUCCAUUUAUCACAGCAAAGUUCAGUCUCAGAAACUUUAUGCAACAAGGAAAAUGUGAGUGAAAAGACGAGGAGGAGUCCAAUAGGCCCAGAUGGCAAUCCGUCCGAUGCCGACACAGACGGUCAAGGGCAGAAUGGGUCGUCUGCCACAGGAAGUGCAGGUGGUGGCUCCUCCCCAAAUAAGAGCCCCAAGAAAACCGGCAAGAAGACACCAGAGGGUGCUGGGGACAACGGCGGAGGAAAAGGUGGCGGGAAUAGCGGUGGUGGAGGUGGAAUGCGGGCACCUAGAACGGUUCUUGCCUCCAACAUGCAGCCGACAUUCUACAUUGGUGGAGGGAAUGGGGUCGCCUUAGUUGAGGAACCUCUACUGGCUCUGGGUUGGAAGAGGACCACAGAUAAAAAUAACGACUUCUUCAAACUCAAGUGGACCGAAGCAAAAACUGCCAUCAACUUUAAUGCAUUUAGAGAAGGAGAGCAACUUGUAAACCACAUUCCCAAUGGGCAGCUUCUGACCAAUAAGAUGGGUCUUCUCAACUCACUGAAAGAAUACGAGCGCGUCUCUGCCGGGGUCAGAGCUCGUGGGCCUAGGAUGAUGAUGUCAGACUUUUUCUGUGAGACGUACAAACUGGACGAACGGACAGACAGAGAGGCAUUUUUUAAUAACUACAAACCGGGAGAGGUGUGGAUCUGUAAACCCACAGGUAUGAACCAAGGCAAGGGUAUCUAUCUAGUCAGAGACAUUGAGAAAUUUAAAGCCAGUUUGGAAGAAAGAGAUGAAAGGCUAAGGAGGCGGCGAGUGAGACCCACUAACAUGGGAAGGAUAAUACAGAGAUAUAUUGAAAACCCACUGCUGCUUGAGGAUAAAAAGUUUGAUGUGCGGACAUACAUGCUGAUUGCAAGCACCACACCUUACCUUGUGCUCUACCACAAAGGAUACGUGCGCUUGUCUUGUCAGAAGUAUGAUCACCAUAGCAACGAUCUGACAGCACAUUUGACCAAUCAGUACAUUCAGAAGAAGGACCCCAGCUACCAGGAUGUGAAGGAGGAUACAGCCUGGUCCAUGGAUAAGUUCAAUGACUACAUCAAUGAAAAUGUUGCUCCUCACAAAGAUCUGGAACAGAACUGGGUUUAUACAACUUUCACGAAACAAAUGCAGCGUAUCAUCACGCACAUAUUCAAUGCAGUUAAGCCAAAGCUGCAGACCAGGCUUGGCUACUUUGACCUGUACGGCUUGGACUUCAUGAUAGACACAGACAUGAAGGUCUACCUAAUUGAGGUCAAUGUUAAUCCCGCACUUCACAUUAACUGUGAGGCUCUCAAGGAGGUCAUCCCCAGUGUGGUAGAGGAGACACUGUAUGUUGCCAUAGAGUGCUUUGAGAAGAAAAAGAAAGGGAAUUCAAUAUGGCCCUUGCAGUCACUGAAAAACUUCACUGUUCUCUAUGAUGGGGAGUCUGGAAAAUAUCUCCAUCGUAUGACAGUCAAUAAUGGUCAAAUACGCACCCAGUCACCAACAAAGGAGGUUCGUACUCAACAAGAUGAUACCGCCACAGUGCCACCUACACUUAAAGAACCUCCUAAGCAACAGACUCCAUCUACAGUCCAGAGCCCUGCCAAGACAAGCCCAACAGUGACCACCACCACUACAGCAGCGUCACAACUGCCUCCAGUACAAAAGCCCACCACUCCACGGCCACGAACAUCUAGUCGUAGCAUUCCAGCCACGGAACCAACUCUUUCAUCACCACGGUUACAGUCCACAGAGAUCUCGAUCCCAGUUACAAAUCUGACACUUCCUAACGAGGCAGUGAAGCUACGCCUAACUACAGCCAACCACAACUCUCAGUCCCAUAAUGCCAAGCGACCUAAAAGUGGAGGCGACAGAGGAAACUGAUGCUUUGUUGUUCUUAGGCAAAAUCAAAUGUUGUAUCCUACGAAAUUCACA